CUAGUCACAAUAACAGAGAUAACAGCUGUAACUGAGUACAAACCCAUGAAAUGAAAAGAAGAAGAUAUUUAUUUUCAAUAUAUUCAUGAAAAGAUAAAAUGGUAUUGAAUUCAUUCGACUUUAAAAAUGCGUUUUUAUGUUUUAUUAAAGAUAUGAAACGUAGAAUCAAGAAUGGCGCAGUGUUACAUGAAGCUUAAGAACGACAAAUAGUUCAAAUAAUAUCAAUGAGUUCCAAAACGCGCUUUUACAGUGAAAAGAAGAAAAGUGAAAAAGAAAAAAGUCGAAAAGAAAGGAAAUCGAUUUUAUGUUAAUAUUCUGAAUAGAACUACUGGAUAUUUUUUUAAUAGUCUGAGGAAAAUGGGAAAUAAACUAACUCGAAAGUCGAGUAAGAGCCACGUUGAACUGUUAAAAGUGAGUAAAGUGAAAGAAUCGACAAAAAACAAAAAUAAAAAAAUUGAUUUAAAUACGAAGGAGAGUGAAACUAAUAAAGAUGGUAACCGCCAUGGCGAUGGCCUUGUCGCGAAAGACGUAACCAUCCCAGAGGCGGAGCAGAGAAUUAGGGUAGAUAAUAAUAUCCAAAUAGAAAAAGACAAUACAAAAGUAGAAACAUCUGAUUUAAAUACAGUUGAAACAAACACAUACAUCAAAACAUUUUGUGAUAAAAUUCUGCGAGAGUCUUACGAACAAAUUAAAGAUUUAGGAGCAAACAUUCUAAAAUCAAAAACACCGGUAGCCGAUAGUAAAUCCAUAUCAAAGCAAGUUAGAUUUGACGCAAAAGUUGAAUGCAUAGAACACGAUGAAAGCGACUUUAAGGAAGAGCUGAAAAGAAAUGAGGAAGAAAGAGAGUUAAAAAGAGAAGAACAUUUGGCUAAAGAUGCCGAAAUUAAAAGAGAGAAUAUGAAUACAGAGAGCAUCAAUACAAGUGAAAACAACACACAAAUUAUGAAUAAAGAAAACGACAUGGAUAAAGUUGAGAAAAGUUGUGUUGUUAAAGACAAAAAGGAGGGCACAGAGGAGGAGAAUUUCGUUCAAUCUCAGAAAAAUAUUGAGAAAAAUAGUGAAAACAACAACGACCUUUGGGGUGGGAAGUUUUACAGUGUUGAUGAUUUUUCAGAUAAUUUAACAAACAUUAUUAUUAGAGACGUACUUAGUUAUUUUCUAUAAUGAUGUAUAUAUUUCCAAGAUGUUCAAACUUUGUUUGUUUAAAUGUUUAAAGAAAAGUAGUGAUCAAAAACAUCGAUCGACGAACAAAACUCUUUCAGUGUACAUAAAAGUACCAGUGUCAUUUUUACUGACCAUGUCACAUGGAAUAUAAAAUUGAAGUAACUUUCGUUAAAAAUAUGAAUUUUUUUAAAAACACACUUGUGAAAAUAUUCUUUUUCAAUGUACGUCUGUUGAUUGAGAUAAGAAUUACCUAUACUUGACAUUUAGAAAUCUGUUUCACGCUAAUUUUUUUCUAGUUAUCUUAAAAAGUUACGUGUUUUUGUAAUAUAGCUACCCUCGUCCCCAAGGCUUUUCUACGCCCUAUGAUGUUCUGUCAGAAUAUCAUAGGCAUAGAAGAGUCCCGGGGACGAGGUUGUAAUAGAGCUGCUCACAAUUUUCUCGUUCGAAACAUGUUUCUUUUUGACUGACAAAAAUAUGUUAAUCUCCUGUUGCUGAACUUUAAUGUUGGCAUGUUAAGCUCGUGCUAAGGGGCCUUUUUUGACACCGAUGUCAAGUGCGCCCUAGCGGCUUUGACAUAGGCAAUAAACCUGGAGACGAGGAUGGUUGGCAUGUUUGCUGGAAAUUUUUACAUUGUAAAGUCAAUAUUAAAAAGUGCUGCACUUAACUAAACGUGACACCAAAUAGGCGAUUUUCGAAAAGUUCUCGAAAAGUCCAUUUUCAUUUUGUACAAAAUUAACUUUACCGCCACGACAUUUUUAGCUUUCUUAAAACCCUGGUACUGCGGGAAACAGUGCACGAUUAGUUUUAAACUAAUCCAGACCGUUUUAUGCAAAUCAAUUCACUCUCUCUUAUUUCAAUCGUGAAUUUGGGUACUAAGUUGAUUUAACUGUUUUUACUCUUUUCUACUUUUUAAAAUAAUUAUCCAAAUAAAAAUUCCAGUUUAUUAAUCGCGAAUAAUAGAAAUAAUUAAAUACUAAAUAUAACCACAGAUGGGAAAAAAGAAAUCGGUGAAGAAAUCAGUCUAGUAAGCAAACGAAAGUAUAAAACUUUCAUAAAUAAGAUUUGUUUCAUUAAUAAAAAUGCAUGGUCAAAUUCACUAAAGUAAAAAUUUUUUUCUUUGAAAAAAGUUUGAGAACAAUUUUCUUCAUAAGAAACUCUAAGCAAAUAAAGUAGCUAGCACACUGUAAGCCAUUGAUAGCAAAAACAUUUUUUUUCAGUCAAGUGUUUAUAUAGACUAAAUAUUUUCCCAUCGCGAUUAAAUAUCAUAUUUUUAAUACCAUACAUACAAAUUCAUCUUUUCAAUAUUUAUACAACUACUAGAACAUAGUUUGUUAAGGCAAAUCGGAAAGUUUAUAAGCUUACCGAGUUUCGAGCAAAUUUUUAGGCUUUACAGAAGACAUUAAACAAGUUCGAAUUCAGCUUUCAUAACAAUAUAUGCAUAAGCUUCACAAAGAAAAUUUUUAAUCGCUGUGAUUGGCUUCAAAAAGAAAAGCUUUUAAUAAAAGCUUUACAUUUCAUAAUUCAGUCUCAAUUUUAACAAAAGAAUAAUCACAUUCAACAUCAGUCCAAAAUUUUAAGUUACUCUUAUAUAUAGAAAUGUAUAUUAUAACUUAAAAUAUUAUAAAUUGUUCAAAAUAAUAACUUAAUUAAUAUACGUUACAACCUCGGUCCCAGGGGCUGCCGUAUCUUUUUUUUAACUCACGACCAAAGAGCGAGGCGCUAAU